AUGUUUACUUUGACGCAUAUAACGCAUCCGACUGUCGAUACGAGUAACCCGCUUCUUCUACUGCAGUCAGAGCAUGGAGAGAGAUUUCUGUUUGGUCAGAUUCCAGAGGGAACUCAGAGAACGCUUCCAGAGAACAAAACUAGACUGUCCAAACUGGAGCAUAUCUUUCUUACCGGCCAGAUGAGCUGGGAUUCGAUAGGAGGUCUUCCCGGCAUGAUUCUGACGCUAUCUGAUCAGGGGAUCAAGUCUAUGAAUCUUUUCUAUGGUCAUGAUAUAGUCAACUUUGUUGUUAGUACUUGGAGGUACUUUGUCUUUCGAUUUGGAAUGAACUUAAAAACUAGUGUUAUCGAAGAUGGAUGCGUAUUUGAAAACAAACUUCUGCGUGUGCAGGCGAUUUUAGUAAACGCAACAUCUGCUGCUCAUCAGCCCUUGUCCAAGAAACUUACCGACGGUCUCAAAUACAUAGUGUCAAGGAUGUUUCCGCAGCAUGAGCCCACUAUGCGCCAUGACCCUGCGUCAGAUCCCCAAAUGAAUGUAGAGCUUCCCCGGGAAGAUAGUUUACCUAGACAAUCUACAUGCUACGAAAUUCAGUUAAAGCCCAUCAGAGGCAAAUUUAGGGUGGAAGAAGCAACGAAGCUUGGUGUCCCCAAGGGCAAACUGUUUGCUCAGCUCACAAAUGGUAAUAGUGUUACACUUGAAGAUGGUUCCGUGGUAACACCUGCUCAAGUACUCGAAAAACAGAGAGACUUCGCAAAAGUUUUGAUACUAGACAUACCUUCAGAUGACUAUCUGUCUCAAUUUCACUCCAAGUUUCAAAAAUACGAUAAAAACUCACUUGGCGUAGUUUACUACUUUUUGGGCGAUAAAGUUACUAUAAAUGAGUCUGUAAUAGCACUCAUGGAGUUGCUGGACACUGCAAACACACAGCACUUUGUCUCGCACUCUAAAAUCUGUCCAAAUUCAAUUGUUUUUCAAAGCUCUGCUGUUACGACUUUGAAGCUAAAGGCUAUACAACCCAAAAAUUAUAAUCUGCCACUAUCCAACAGAGUUUUCUCAAGAGAGUUUUAUGACUGCUUUGAUAAAAGUUUGCCAAAAGGCACCUCUGUCGUUCAGCAGUGCGAUCAUCCCCUAAGUUCCACCAUCAAUAAGGAUAGAGUUCACAUUAUGCUGCAAAAUGAAGGUGUCGUCAUUGAGCCUUUCACUGCGGGUGAAGAAAAUCUCAAAAUACAGCAUCAAGAAAACUUUAAACCAAUGCUCCCGUGGUCAAAGGUUUUCGAUAAACAUAUUACGCCGUUGAAAAUUGCGGGAGCGACUUACGAAUCUGUGGUCCAAAACCAGCGGCAUGUGAACAAUUUCGAUGCCGAUAGAAAGAAGGGUAAGGUAGAAGUUAUAACACUAGGCACCGGUAGUUCGUUACCUUCAAAGUACAGAAAUGUAAUUUCUACCUUGUUGAAAAUUCCCUAUGGCUCUAAUGGAAAGUAUUACAAUAGAAACGUUCUUCUAGAUGCAGGAGAAAACACUUUGGGAUCCAUUAAGAGGACAAUACCAGAAGUAGAACUCCCGGCCCUAUUUCAAAAUUUGAACUUGAUUUAUUUGAGUCAUUUACAUGCCGAUCAUCAUCUUGGUAUUGCAAGUCUACUCUCAGAGUGGUACAAACAUAAUGCCUUAAAUCCCAGUGCUGUCAUCUACGUUGUCGUACCGUGGCAAUACAAUAUUUUCUUGGAAGAAUGGUUAUCGUUAGAAAACAAAGAAAUCGUGGAGAGGAUCCGGUACGUCAGUUGCGAACAUCUAAUCGAAGGCGGUUUUGUGAGAAAGGAAUUCAAACCCGUUCCGUUCGAUGGCUUUAUAACUAAGAGUGAACCAAAGAUAAAGAAAAGGCGUCUUGAAUAUGAUGAUGCGUCGUCGUUCAGGGAUAAAGACACCAUAAUGCAGAUGUAUCGGGACCUCAAAAUACUCACAUUCCAAACUUGUCGGGCCAAACACUGCGAUUGGGCUUACUCUAACUCAAUAACUUUCUUCACAAAAUCUGACUCCUCUUCCGUGUUCAAGGUCUCUUAUUCUGGGGACACUAGGCCCAACAUAGAAAAGUUUGCUAAAACAAUUGGCCAAAACUCAGACCUUCUUAUUCAUGAAGCCACUUUAGACAACGAACUGCUAGAAGAUGCUAUUAAAAAAAGACACUGUACGAUAAAUGAGGCCAUACAAGUUUCUAACGAAAUGAAGGUCGAUAAGCUGAUAUUAACACAUUUCUCGCAAAGGUAUCCAAAACUACCUCAGGUUGAUAAUAAUAUCAAGAUCGAAGCUAAAGAAUACUGUUUCGCGUUCGAUGGAAUGAUUGUCGGUUACGAUGAAAUUGGUGAACAAACUUCAAAACUAGGUCUUCUGAAUAAUGUUUUCGCUGAAGAGCAGUUUUCUGAACGGUGUCAAACGGAAGAUCUUAUAUAG